GUUGCCAUUGUUGGAAAUGCGUUAAAUAUAUAGGUGACACGACAUGUACAUUUCUAAUGGUCUUUUAAGACCAUUUGUAGCACUUGGAAAAGUUGGUCGUUAUUUUUUUCAAAUAACAUAUGAGGAAUUUGUAACAGUCGUAACCACACCAGGUUUAUUGUGUUUUUUUCCAGUCAAUCGGGAGUCAGGAGCCAGGAGCCGCUCGUGAAGAUCUUCAGGUUCAGUCUUUAUUGCAGCAGCAAAGUUACAACCGAGGUUGGACACUCUGCAGAAGCGUGUCCAUUGUUGGCUUACAGCCUUACAUCGAUUCUUAUACGCUAUUCUUAUUUCUUAACAGUUAUUCGUCACAGGGGAUGUCCUAAGCAUCAUCUUUCCCUCGACCGUUCGCCAGUAUUAUGUUAUUCUCUUUUGGGAUUUUGGUAUUCCCCGCCCCUGGAUGAUCACCCUAAUCAUUUCUUGAAUUACUUAGUCACUCUGGAAAAUAUAACUGUGGCAAUAAGCCUAGAAUCUAUGAGAUUCAAGGACACUAUGGUGGUAAGCAAUAAGCUCAGAAUCCAGGUGUUCCUGCAGUAAUACGCCUAGAUAGUUGAUGUUUGCUACACACUACUUAGCUACAGAGUCUGUUAUAUUUUUUUACCCUUCAACAUAGUGAAUCAAGAUUCAACAGAGUAAAUUUGGGGUAUGAUAAGCCUUAGAACUAGUUAUGGUGCAAACACAUACUUAUAUGAUCACGUAGCCAAAUUGGCAUCCAUUCUCUAAAGGUUACAAGGUUACAUUAUCCUCUGCAGGUUACAUCUUCGCAGUAUUGUCCUAAGGAUUAUAUUCUGUGCAUACAUUACAUUAAGUAUUAUACAGUGUUACAUUAUAUGUCAUAGUUCAUACAUACAUAAACUGGUAUACAUCAGUCAGAAUGUUUAAUGGUACAUUAUACUGGGGCUGAUAUUUCUAGCACAACACAGUACAUAAGUAGCAAUCUACUAAUGUCUAUCCAAAAUAAUUUAUCAGAUUACAGUCAGAAGUACUAUGUCCAAAUGAAUUAAUAUUGCAGAGAACAUUAUAUUAAAUAUGUGUUGUGCGCAAGUAACGUCUUUAAAUCUUCGUUUAAAUCCUGCAAGCAAUCCUGCAAUAUUGUAAUUUUGAGCGCACUCCAGCAACCUUUAGUUAUAACCAAGCUAAAAAGUCAUUCACUGUUUUAUAGAUAGGCCUACGAUUAGGCUAAUAUUAUGAAGUACUUCAGCAUUAUACCAUUUAAAGUUCAAAGAUUCACGCCAUAAUGUAUAUAGGCAGAAUUCGCACAGAUAGUAUCAAAACAUUAGUGUUUCAUUGUGAUGUUAAAAUUAUAGUCACCCCGACAUGGGUAUAUAUACUCCAAUAUUGGUUCAUUAAAUUAAUUAAAUGAUCACAUUUCAAAUUACCGUUAAAUUGCAUAUCGCUCCGGGUGAAAACGUUAAAGUUAAAAAGGUCAUCGCUCAGAAUUUAAUUCCUAUAUAUGAACAAUCUUCGUGUAGUUCACGUUAAGUUUGUGAUGUAUACAGAUUUAGGAUCAAAGAAGCCGCAUGGUGAUAUUUUUAAAUUUAAGCCCUUACCACUAAGUGAAAUUACAGCUUUUUCUAGGACUUUUAUAUACCAGGAGAACUUUUAAAAGUAACCAUGCCGUAGGCCUAUAUGGCCAUAAUAUGACAUUAGGGUAUUAUUUUGUCUUAAUUGACUGUUUUUAUUAAGCGAUCAGCACGGUAAUGUCUUGUGGUCUGUACAGACUACGCUGUUAAAACAGUACAUAAAAUAAUGUUGAGAUGUACGCUUAAAACAUUUAAAUUAUCUUUAGAUCGAUUUUACCUUGCGCGUCAAAUCACUUCAGCAAAAUUGCGGUAGGUCUGAACACUGACGCCAAUCGUACUUUAAAUAUCUAUAUCUUAAGUACCUACAAAAAAUCUUAUUAAUGCUGUAUCACAGACACGCCCGAAGCCACUGUGCAUUUUGUUUAUUUUUACGAAUCCAUAAAGUAAUCGGACAAAGUCCAAAAAGUCACCAAACAAGGAAUGGUGAACUUCAAGUUCCCCGUACGCUCGAGGUUCUUUUUGCUGCGCGUUUCCUCCAGGCAGCCGAUCCGCUGCAGGUCUGCGCGUUUGGAGACGCGCUGAUGUCAAGCAUCUGGGAGGAGCGCCGCUUCGCUUUUUCUUCAUGGCAGCACCGGGAGCUUCAUUUCGAGCCUGAACGCUGAAGGUGUCCGCAUCUGACCGCUUUCUUUCUCAGGGAUCUCAGGCUUCCAGAUUCUUCCAGAUCCCAUAGGUGCGCUGGAAGGCCUCAUGCUGUCUCAACAGCCCCAGGGGGAAGGUGAAGGGGUGAUGGCCCACCCGGAUGAAGGUGCUGAUGACUCUUCCGGCCUCACCCUGUCUCCGCCGAGCGGGGACCUCAAUUCUCGCUCGGGGAUCAGCCAACACCGCGACUAUGUCAAGAUCUCCGUCCCUGGUGGAAGGCGCGAUCCGCUUCCCAUGGAGUGGUGGAAGACGGCAAUAGCUUUCAUCUACGCUGCUUUCAACCUUAUCUUGACCACGGUUGUGAUCACGGUGGUCCAUGAGCGUGUCCCAGCUAAGGAGAACAGCCCGCCACUGCCUGACAAGUUCUUCGACUACAUCGACCGUGUCAAGUGGGCCUUCUCCGUGACGGAGAUCAAUGGCAUGAUCCUCGUGGGCAUCUGGGGCAUACAGUGGAUCUUCCUCAAAUACAAGUCCAUUGCUGGGAGGAGAUACUUCUUCCUGAUUGGAACGUUGUACCUCUACCGCUGUGUCACCAUGUACAUAACUACGCUGCCUGUGCCCGGGAUGCACAUGACAUGCGCACCCAAGCUAUAUGGGGACUCCAAAGCCAAGGUACAUCGGGUCCUGCAGCUCAUCUCCGGAGGAGGCUUGUCCAUCACGGGCUCGCACCUCAUGUGCGGGGACUUCUUGUACAGCGGCCACACAGUCAUGCUCACGCUCACCUACCUCUUCAUCAAGGAGUAUUCCCCGCGCUCCUUCUGGUGGUACCACCUGAUGUGUUGGCUGCUGAGUGCCGUGGGCGUGGUCUGCAUCUUGGUAGCGCAUGAGCACUACAGUGUGGAUGUGGUUGUGGCCUACUUCAUCACUUCCCGCCUCUUCUGGUGGUACCACACCAUGGCCAAUCUGCAGAUACUGAAAUGCUCGCCCAACAACUACCUCACGCACACAUGGUGGAACCCCAUCUUCAACUUCUUCGAGAGGAACGUGCAGACCGAGGUCCCGAGCACCUUCUGCUGGCCCGUCUGCUGUCCCCCCGCCUGCUUCAAGAACACCUGCAAGAAGUAUUCCAAGGUGCAGAGCACGAGAGAGGAGUAGACCUCUUUGGGAACUGCGUGAUUGGCGGUCAGCUGCACUGAAAGUCCCACCAGGAAAUACAGUCAUGCCAAAGUCUGAGAUGAAGUGCCUCUUGUGUAUAACACACAAAAUUAAAGUAUUCCAGCUCUGUUCUAUUUAUAUUCAAAAUAAGAAGUAUUGAUAAGUAUUAUGUUAAUGUAUGUAUUGUAUGUUUCGUCUUGAUCACAUGGCCUUAACGUUGCUAUGGCUACAAUGCUUGUUAAAGCUGUUUACGGGGACCUGCUGCCCUUGGCUUGGGACAGUGUGGACAGGUCAGGGAAAGAGGAUUUGUUUAAUAUGGGAUUUUUAUACUGCAAGUUGAGGGGUAAGGCAUGGGCAGCUGGAUAAUAUGUUCUGUUACUGUAAUCUUUCAGGUUGUACCAGAAGUGUUAUGUUUUUUUUGCCUUUAAAAAGUCUUAAGUCCGUAAUCUAUAGCAGCAUCUCCCAAUCCCAGUCCUUAUGGACCCCUAGACUGUCCGGGAACUGGGAGGGAGAAAAUGUGGGCUGUCUUGGAGGGAGCAAAAAUGUGGACUGUCUGGGGGUUUCUGAGGAUCGGAUUGUGAGACGCUGAUCGAUUGGUUAGUAUCUCCUUGUUUAGAAACCUGAAAAUGGAUUUUGAUGCCAGUUCCAACAAAAAAAUGCUGCUGCUGUUGCACAGAAAAAUCCCUGAAGCAAAGGUGCUUGUUUGUUUUUUUGUUUGUUUUAAUAUGCAGUUUCUUCAGUUUCUGUGAGUUCAAGUGCCUUUUUUACAGCCAGUUUUUACACAGAAUAUGUAUUAGAAUGAUUUUCAGUUCAACUGAGUUUUUCAUGUUUCUUGGCAAAGGAAAUUAGCAAAUUUAUACACGGUACUGUAGCAUUUGAAGCCAAUUCUUAUGACCUUUAAUGUGAUACUACAAUGGAAACGCACCAUGUCAAAAAAGUAUUCGUUUUAUCGAAAAAACUGAAAUAAAGUUUUUGCUAUUGUUAUGAA